AGGAUUCCUUGCUGCACUGUGUGCUCCUCUGCGGUUGUUUCAAACAUGGAGGAGAGGGAAAGAACUAAUAUUAAACCAGACCUUAAAGAAACGGCAGCUGCAACCUGCUCGAGUGCGCCAACAGUACCGGAGCAUGAACCGGAGACAGAGCGUGAAGCUGGGGACACUGACGCGGCUAAAAUAGAUGUCUGCUCGGAAAGCUUCGACCCGCUCUUGGCCUUGUACUCGCCGACUGUACCGCUUCCUUUCCCAAAUAUCAAGUGCUUCAACAAUGUGUCAGAGUACGAGAGCUUUCUGAAGGGCGGCCGGGGAAGAGCCAAGCCGGAGAAUGUGGAGAAAAAGCGGCAGAAGGCGAUGAAAGGGGUGGCGGACCCGGAGCGCAUAGAAAGGCUGAAGAAGCUCAUGGUGAACAACCCGGUGCCAACGGAGGAGGAGGGGGAGAGCAGCCGCACCCCGCAGAGAAAGAGGCAGAAGCCACAGAAAAAUGUCUUGUCAAGGAUGCCCUUAUGUAAAGGCAGUCCACUGGGGGAGCUGUACCGAUGUGUUGAGGAGAGGAUAAGGGUCAAAGUUCACAUCAGGACCUUUAAGGGACUGAGGGGAGUGUGCUCCGGCUUUGUGGUUGCCUUUGACAAGUUUUGGAACAUGGCAAUGGUUGACGUAGAUGAGACAUACAGGGAGCCUCUGCUUGGAGAAGCAUUCUACCAUGAGAAGGCCCUCACUAUUUCACGGCUCUUCGAGAAGCUGAAGCUCCAGGAGAGCUCAGCGGGUGACGAGCCAGCAAAGCGCGAAGCCGGAGAAACAGCCAGCAAACAGCAGCCUGCAAACCCAAAAGACCUGUCUGCUCACCAUACUUGCAAGGGAGGGCACAGCAGGACAAAGUCCAAGCUGUCAGACACGGUUAAAACAAAACACGAUAAACACACAGUCUCGCUGAAGGCCCCGGGUCCAGAGGGCUGUCAGAAGAAAGACUCCCAGAUGUAUGGCAAGGUCCAUACACGCCACAUCAACCAGCUUUUCAUCCGGGGUGAGAACGUCAUCCUGGUGAACCCACAGCCACUCUGAUUUUUGUUUUCUGGUCGAUAAAAGAAAGGUGUGCUAUGACCACAAUCAGUUACAUUUAAGUAUAGUUUUACGCUUAACAUCUGAUAGGUGUGAAAUACUGUAGAUGAACUGCCAGACAGACAUGAUUUAAUUAGAUUCAGAAGAAUCAAACAAGGACUAUUGUUAUAUCAUAUUGAUAUGGAGGUCUUUCUCUGCCCACCAGAGAAAUGAUCUUAAUUUUGAGGAAUAAAAGCUUCUCAUUUCUAAUUAUAGUAAUUUCUUGUCUUGUUCUCUUUUGUCUGACAGCCGCUAAAGGAAACGCAGGUCGACACAGCAUUAGUAACUGUUUGUGUUAUUGUUAUUACCCAGGAGGUGGCAGCAUAAACACAUUAGUGCCGUCUGUGAGGCCAUUGUCAUCAAGAGCUUGUCCCUUUAUGUUGCCUUUCCCCGUUAGUUUGAACAGGAAUGACAGCGCAGUCUCAGCGGACUUCAUAAAUGCAUUAUGAAUAAUUGAGUUUGUGAAGCUAGAGAUUGCAGAUGGCACUCAAAAGCUGUCAUUUGUCUUGACGUCUCAGAUUGCUUUUACUCUUUAAUGGCCACAUUACCCAUAAAAGCACAAUUUACUGCAUCUC